ACUGCAGCGGCAAGAGACAAACCGGAGAAAGGGGCGGGGCUACGCGGCUCCGGGCUGCAGAGAAACUAAUCCGCCGGUUCGAAUCCCGCUUCGGCCCAUUUCCUCCAGCUGGGCUAAAACCACUUUCUGCAUUCCGAGGCUCUUCCCAAACUCCUCUGGACCAGCUGUCCUCCCCGGGUACCCCUGUCUGCAGACGGACUGAGGGAUGGAAACUCCACAUCACCCUCUGGAAACUCAGGGCAAGGCGGGCGCUUCGUGAAUAACUCGCCCCCUCCUUCUUUCCGCUCAAAGCCUCAGUCUUGGCCUCAGGCCUCUGGCGUCUUCCCCAAAACCUUGCAGUAGGGGAAAGGGACACCCCCUCGCUGGGCUGAGCAUUGCUCUCCCCUCCCCCAUCGGCCUCCUCUCCCUCCUUGCUCUCUCUGGCACCCCAAUUCUUCCUCCUCUCCCCCAGAUGUGUCUCCCCUCCCCUUCGUCUACCCCCUGUCUCUGUCUCCCUCUUGCAACGUUGUCUCUGUCAUUAGUUGUCUCUUUCAUCAUUUAUAACUAAAGAUGGAAACUAAAGAAGUUUCCUUUCUCUGUGUCUGGUCCCAUCCCUGUUUCUUCUCGUCUGCCUCCCUGUGUCUCUCCCCAUCUCCCCAUCUCUCCCUAUCUCUGCCAUCUCCCUAUGUCUCUCCCAUCUCCAUCUGUCUGACUCUCUGUCUUCUUCAGCCCCUCUCUGUGACUUAUGAAGUUCCCUCCCUCUCUACUGCCAAUGGGGAAGCCAGAAGGGGCUGAGGGUGGGGGGCCGAGGGGCCCAGUGUGGGGGCCCCAGCCCAGGCCCAGAGCCCAGCCUGGCAGCCUCUCUAAGAUCUGAGACGACCAUUUCCUCUUUCAACCCUGGAGUCCACUCGAGUUACUCGGGAGCUCAGGACAGUGCAGACCCAGGGAAGGAGGCGGCUCUCCCAGCGUGUGGCUGGUCGUCGGUGGGGCCUUCAGACAGGGCUCAGACCCUGGGCCUGGGCUCUGCGGGGCCCUACCUCAGAGGACCCACUGGACCCUCGGCUCUUCCUUGGACUUCUUGUGUGUUCUGUGAGCUUCGCUGGAUUCAGGGUCUUGGGCGUGAGAGGUGAGAGGGUGGGAAGGUCCGCCGCCAUGGGGAGGCCCUGGCUGCGUGCGCUGCAGCUGCUGCUCCUGCUGGGCGCGUCGUGGGCGCGGGAGGGUGCCCCGCGCUGCACCUACACCUUUGUGCUGCCGCCGCAGAAGUUCACGGGCGCAGUGUGCUGGAGCGGUCCAACGUCCACGCGGGCGGCGCCCGAGGCCGCCAACGCCAGCGAGCUAGCGGCGCUGCGCAUGCGCGUCGGCCGCCACGAGGAGCUGUUGCACGAGCUGCAGAGGCUGGCGGCGGCCGACGGCGCAGUGGCCGGCGAAGUGCGCGCGCUGCGCAAGGAGAGCCGCGGCCUGAGCGCGCGCCUGGGCCAGUUGCGCGCGCAGCUGCAACACGAGGCGGGGCCCGGGGCGGGCCCGGGGGCGGAUCCGGGGGCGGAUCCUGCCGCGGCGCUGGAGCUCCUCGGGGAGCGCGUGCUCAACGCGUCCGCCGAGGCUCAGCGCGCCGCCGCCCGCUUCCACCAGCUGGACGUCAAGUUCCGCGAGCUGGCGCAGCUCGUCACCCAGCAGAGCAGUCUCAUCGCCCGCCUGGAGCGCCUGUGCCCGGGAGGCGCGGGCGGGCAGCAGCAGGUCCUGCCACCACCCCCACUGGUGCCUGUGGUUCCGGUCCGUCUUGUGGGUAGCACCAAUGACACCAAUAGGACGCUGGACCCAGUCCCAGAACCCCAGAGAGACCAGAUCGAGAGACAGCAGGAGCCCCUGGGUUCUCCCAUCCCUGCAGGUCAACCUGCUGUCCCCACCAAGCCUGUGGGCCCAUGGCAGGAUUGUGCAGAGGCCCGCCAGGCAGGCCAUGAACAGAGUGGAGUGUAUGAACUGCGAGUGGGCCGGCAUGUGGUGUCAGCAUGGUGUGAGCAGCAGCUGGAGGGUGGAGGCUGGACUGUGAUCCAGCGGAGGCAAGAUGGUUCAGUCAACUUCUUCACUACCUGGCAGCACUAUAAGGCGGGCUUUGGGUGGCCAGACGGAGAAUACUGGCUGGGCCUUGAACCCGUGUAUCAGCUGACCAGCCGUGGGGACCAUGAGCUGCUGGUUCUCCUGGAAGACUGGGGGGGCCGUGGAGCACGUGCCCACUAUGAUGGCUUCUCCCUGGAACCUGAGAGCGACCACUACCGCCUGCGGCUUGGCCAGUACCAUGGUGAUGCUGGAGACUCUCUUUCCUGGCACAAUGACAAGCCCUUCAGCACCGUGGAUAGGGACCGAGACUCCUAUUCUGGUAACUGUGCCCUGUACCAGCGGGGAGGCUGGUGGUACCAUGCCUGUGCCCACUCCAACCUCAACGGUGUGUGGCACCGCGGCGGCCACUACCGAAGCCGCUACCAGGAUGGUGUCUACUGGGCUGAGUUUCGUGGUGGAGCAUACUCUCUCAGGAAGGCCGCCAUGCUCAUUCGGCCCCUGAAGCUGUGACUCUCUGUUCCUCUGUCCCCUAGGCCCCAGGGGACAUUGGUCAGCAGGAACUCAAGUUGUCCUGGCCACACCUUUGUGGCUCAGUGCCAGUGUGUCCCACAGAACCUCCCACUGUGGAUCUGUGACCCUGGGUGCUGAAAAUGGGACCCAGGAAUCCCCCCCAUCAAUAUCUUGGCCCCAGAUGGCUCCCCAAGGUCAUUCAUAUCUCGGUUUGAGCUCAUAUCUUAUAAUAACACAAAGUAGCCAC